UAUACCUAACUUUCUUGUAAUCUAUCUGCCCCUGAAUAGAUCUGUAUUGGCUGCAACCACACUCUGUUUUUGGCCCAUGGUGGUCCCUUAUGUAACCAUUUAUAUGUGUGGGGCUGUGGGCUGAAUGCCCCAAGGCCCAAGCCCAUUGUUGCCUGUCCUCGAGACCGAUAAAGCUCUAAUGAAAUUUCGCGUGUCUCCGCCGGCCGCUAGCUAGUCUUCGGAUCUCCCCAAACGCCGCCGGCUCGUUGUCGACCUCGACCCCAACAGCUAACAGGCAACAGCUACUAGUUAUCCCGGCUAUCCCCAAACGCCGCCGAGUACUUUCCAGGGAUUUUCUUCAGCUUUCAAUUGAGCGGUUCCUCCGCCUCACUGCUCUCGUCGACCCUGAAUCUGCCGAUUUCACUCGUCCUGACCUCUCAGGCAGAUUGUCAUUCGCCAGCAGGAUUCACGCCGUCCAGUUACAAUCCGCCAACUUUUGGCGAACUAGAGAGAUUGUUUCACGCUCUAAAGCACGAGCGGCACCUGCAAGCACACGGGCUGGUUGAUAUUCGGGAGUCGAUGGAGUUGCCUAGAUGGGAGAGUCUUGGCAGCUUUGUAGAGACAGAAAUUCGAAGAUUAAGUUUGGUUCGCAAUGGUGAUAGGGUUGCUGAUGUCAAGUGUGAAGCAGAGAUAGGGGAGAAGCAAAUACUUGGCUCUGUGGCAGUGAAGAUUGAGGCAACGGGUGAUGAGGCCGAGGCUUGUGAUGUUGGCAGCUUGGUCAACCGUGCGAGCUCUGCCCUUGAUAUUGGGAUUGGUGACAAUGGCGGUAGAGGUGAUUCCGAUUCUGAUGGUCAAAGUAGCUCGUCAGAUUCUAGUUCAUUGUCGUCAUCGUCAUCUGAUUCUAGUAGCAGUGAUGAUGAGGAGGAGGAGGAGAAAAAUGAAGUUGAGAUUGCACAAGGUCAGAUGGAAGAGGGUGAAAUAAGAGAUGGUGGAGAUAAUGUCGUAGAUCGAAGUGAUGAUGGUGAUGUUGAUGAGGAGGAGGAUGCCGAGACAGAGACGGAGGCGGAGGUUGAGAAGAUGGUGGAAUGGAGUGAUGCUGAUGAUGAAGAUGAUGGAGGUGUUGGUGUUGAGAAGGGUCCUAUUAGAUCAAAGAAUGAGCUUCAGGUUCUUCCACUUGUUCCUCCUGUCAAUGCUGUGCUGCUACCGCAUCAUCAACCACAACCUGUUGGACUUAUCUCAUCUGUUCUUGGCACACAAGUCAUUGUAGAAGGGAUUGAGAAGCACAACCCUCUAAAUGAGGGCUCUAUCCUUUGGUUAACCGAGAAACGAUCUCCACUGGGGCUGAUAGAUGAAAUAUUUGGACCUGUGAAGAACCCAUUCUAUGCAGUGAGAUUCAAUUCUGAAAGUGAAGCUCCCGAGGGUAUUUCGGAAGGCGCUCUGAUCUCCUUUGUUCCUGAGUUUGCCGGCUUUGUUCUGAGUGACCAGAACCUGUACAAAAAAGGAUAUGAUGCAUCGGGUGAGAAUGAUGAGGAGCUGUCUGAUGAGGUUGAGUUUUCAGAUGAUGAGAAAGAGGCAGAAUACAGGAGGAUGCAAAAAAUGGCAAAGAGGGUUAUCAACGGGCAAACAGUUGGGAACAAUAAGAAGAGGAAUAAAAAGAAGGUUGACGAGAGACAAAGGGAGGAUUGGAAGAACAACAACAACAACAACAAACUUUCAGCUCAGCAAACUCGAGUGGAUACUAAUCAGAAACCACAGAACGGAAAUCAGCAUAAUGGCCCUCCAACUCCAGCUAGUAAUAACAUAAAUGAUUUUGUUCCAACUUCCCCACCAAUGUUGCAGCAGCUGAACCCUGGACAUUUCCCUGGGAAUUGGCCGAAUGGGGUAUUUCCUCAGCAUCAACAUAAUCCUCCAGCGGCCAUGUUUGGUGGUUUCGCUCCUCCUCUUGGUAACAUUCAGAAUACCUUGCAUAUGGUGAUGCAGCAUAUUUUGCCAUUCCAGCAGCAGUUCAACCCCGGUCAGGGGUCACUUCCUGGUAAUGUAAUGCUACCAGGGCCUCCGCCCAAUUUCUUCCCCAGUUCUGGUUUCAUGCCUUGGUCAGCUGCAGCACCAGGAGUAGGAGUUGUGAACCAAGGUUGCUUCAACCAAUCUUCAUUUGGGAUGGGCUUUCUGCCUCAACCAACCAACCCAACCAUGAACAUGGGAGACCAAAGAAUGAUGGCUGUUAAUGGCAACAUGCAAUCAUCGACAAACAUUUCUGGCAACACUGGUCAGUCUCUUCGUCAGAAUUUCAACUUCGGUGGAAUGGGCUUUGUGCCUCAAUCAACCAACCCAGUCAUGAACAUGGGAUACCAAGCAACGACGGCAAUUAAUAGCAACGUGCAGUCAUCGACAAAUAUUCCUGGCAGCAAUGUUCAGUCUCCUCAGCAAUCCGGAAAUAUUCUCCAAGGCCAGCCACCUCAUAAUUUCAGCGUGGAUUCCGAUCCUGGAAGGAAACCAGUUCAUCGCAGAGGACGUGGCCGGUUUGGAGGCAGGGGGAGGUAGAUAGUCUCGCCUGACCGACUAUUUUCAUUGCUGUAAGAUCAUGGCUAGUGUUAAUUGUUUAACUUUAUAACUCAGUUUUGAGUGCAAACAAACUCUAAUCUGUCAUGUAGCAGGGUAGCAAUAGAAUCUGGAAGUGAACGUUGCUAGCAUGUUUGCAUAUGUUGUACCAACAUCUAUAAAUCAUUCGCUGGAGAUUUACUUCCAAAGUGUUGCUCUUGUCUGAUUUAUAGGGUGAGAUGAAUAAUUUACGUGUUAGGGUGAGAUGAAUAAUUUAACAAUUCUAUGAAUUAUCAAAAUCAAACUCAUAUAGAUCGAUUUGCUCAUAACUCGGUAAUCGAGUAGGCUCUCUAGCCACAAUGUUUGAUAGUUGAGACAUCUCAUGAGCUCUAAACGAGCCAGCUCACGAGUUGAGCUCAACAAGCCACCGAGUCGAGCUCUGCGAGCUGCAGAAGGUCAAGUUCAUUCUCGGCUCAUUAGAAAACGAGCCGAGUUUCGAACGAGUUUUUUGCGAGUCGAAUACUGAGCCGCUCGCGAGUCGCGCUCGGCUCAUUUGCAACCCUAUAUUUUUAGGACCCCUUGAUCCUCUACUCCAGUCUUGCACUACUCUGUUACAUUCUUUUCUUUUAUUACAUUUGCAUUUCAACGUGUACUACAGUCGCGGAAGGAAACCGUUUCAUGGUAGAGAAGGUGGGCAGGUUUGGAGGUAGGUUGUUUCACUUGACCGACUAUGUUCAUUGCAGUAAGAUUAUGGCCAGUGACUGAUGCAUUUUUAAUUUUUUUUUUUUUUUUGCGUGGUGAAAACUACAGGUGUAUUGUGCAAAUAUCUAACUUUUUUACGUGUAUGUCGGCAGCACAUUUUUUUUUUUAAGAAAAACUUGUUCGAAAUAUAUUAUUUUGGUCUUGGUAGAUCCAGAAAAUAAAUAAAUUAUAAAAUUUGUUUAGAAAUCAAAAAAAAUUCCCUAUCGAAAUUUCGGUAACAAAUAACAUGAAUUUCAACCUUAAACAUGUAGUCAAAAUCGUGUUUUGAAAUUUAUAUAACUUGCAUUUUUACGCUUUUACUUUACCAACGUGAUUCUACGUAAAUCACGUUUUUUUCUUCUUCUUAUUAAUAGUGGAAAUCACGCUUAAAAAUUUAACAUUUUAUGUUUCUAAUUCAUCUAAACACUUCUACGUAGUAUCGUACUUUUGAUUGGAUUAUGUGAUUUUCUAUUUGAAAAUAAACUCAGAAAUUUCUUUCUUAACCGUUAUAAUUUUUAAAUAUUAUUUCAUUACAAGUAAAUAUAUUUAUAAUUUAAUC